AUGACCGCUCCUAUAACCCAACAACAGUCCGCUCAAGCAAAGGAUGCCGCUGCCGCCGCCUCUGUUCGCAAGAGGAGGAGACGCGCUCCCGCUGGCGGUGCCGCUGACGACUGUUUCACCUGCUCCAAGAGAAACGUCAAGUGUGAUCGAAGACGGCCUUACUGCUCACAAUGUCUCGAGAUUGGUAACGAGUGCUCUGGCUACAAGACCCAACUGACAUGGGGAGUCGGUGUCGCCAGCAGAGGCAAGCUUCGCGGCUUGUCUCUCCCCAUUGCAAAAGCGCCCCCAGUCGCCGGUGUUGCAAAGAAGUCACCUCCGCGGCCCCGCGCCAACUCAACUGCCACCUCCGCUGGCUGGGCAGAUGCCGAGGAUUUGUCUCGAAGGAAUAUGCGCGAUGAUGGCGGCUUCUCCCCAGAACACGUUGGCUCGGCCCCGACCACGCCUUACCCUCACAACUACGACUUCCUCUCCAUGUCACAUCCUGAGCCCGCAUCCUCUCUUACCACAGCGCACUGGAACAACCUUUCAUAUUCUAGCAGUAUACCAACCGAGGGGCCCAACUAUCGUAAGCUGGGCGCUCACCUCGGACCGAUUCCCAUCUCGGGGGCCCUGUCUUCGUCCCUCGAGUCCGUGAGUGAUGCCGAUUACAUGUCGCCCAUUAGCCACUCAUAUUCGAGAGACGAUAUCCCUUUCCUGCACAGCCCUACAGUUUUGUAUGAUGGUUACAGCGCCCACGGCUCGCCGAAUCCUCAGAGCCCCAUAUCCGCCAUUCUCAUUGACCAGCGCGCCCCAACGUCCUGUCCGAGCCUUGUGUACGCACCAUCCGAACAGGGUUCAAGCCUCACGUCGCACAUGGACAACUUCGAGAGCCAGCUGAGUCAGAAACUGAUGCGGGAGUGUGAUACUCUAAGCGUUCCCGAGAUGGAUGCGUACAGCACAAGCUGCAACUCGAGCGGCCACGUCUGGACGUCACCGCCCCCCGAAGAGAUGUCUCCGCACCAUUCUGAUCACCAAACGUCGGCUCAGUGGCCGACCAUGUUCGAGCCUCAGGCCGUUCAUGUCAACCCCGACCUCGUCGCCAAGAUGCCAUUUUUCAUGGACUAUUACAAGAAUAUCAUGUGCCCUUCCAUGGUCUUCAUUGACGGACCCGGCAACCCAUACAGAGAGCACAUCCUUCAGUUGGCCCAGAACAGUCAGAGUUUACAGCAUGCCAUCUGUGCCCUGUCUGCCUGCAACUUGCGGAUGAAGCGGAGACUUAGUCUGGGUCAAGAUACCCGGGAGCUUUCCGAGAAGCUCAUGGCCGAGAAAUCGGGCCCUGACUCAUUGACAGAUGCACAGCCCGAAGACCAGUCUCUCUCUGAGGAGUACCAACAUCGGAAUCUCGCAGUGCAUCUGCUCAACCAGCAGCUCAAUGACCCAGCCAAGUCCAGCCAUGACUCUGUUCUGGCAACCAUUCUGUUGCUGUGUCACUACCGCAUGGUCGAGUCUGGCAUUGCAAAGUUUCAUACACAGUUCGCUGGCGUCAAGAAGAUUCUUUCGAUGCGCCGGUCGCAAAACCUCGCACCAUCCCGCGACUCUGCAUGGAUGGAAGCCAUUUUUACAUAUUUUGACGCCAUUUCAGCGAGCAUCAAUGACCGAGAGGCACAGCUCAACACAACAUUCUACGGAGUCAUGCCCGAUGCUCAACUGCUUCCUCCUGGUGCUGAGAACAUGGUUGGUUGCGACCGUGAGCUCUUCAAAACCAUCAGCAGGCUCGGCAGACUGAACCUUCUCUCCCAACACCGAGCGGUUCAAAACCCCUUGACGCACAGCAUCCCGUCGAGGUCUCAGUCACCGCUUGGCUCGCCAUUGGCCCACGCUUACAAGGGAAGCCUCAACAGCUUGCAUCAGCAGCAAUUGAGCGAUGCUUAUAGCAUGUCUAGCCACCGUUUCGACGGCAAUGGCUUCGGUUCGACCCUAGAUGAGGACGAAUUCCUGUGCUCCCCAGUGACUUACGAGGACCACCGCAACAACUUCUGGCGGGAGUGGAGGGAGGCUCGCUUUGCUCUCCAAAGCUGGGAAUUCGACUCAGCGCGUGUUCUCGCCUCGCUCCCCACCCCGGCCACCACCGCUCAAGUCCGCGAUCUGGGCUCGUUGUCGGAGGCGUUCCGCUACGCCGCGCUGCUCUACACGGAGCGGCUGGCGUCGCCAAACGUGCCUUCAACGCACAGCAGCUUCCAGAACCUCGUGUCUCAAGUGGUCUACUACGCCACGAGUCUCGAGGCCGGCAGCUCUGCCGAGAAGUUCCUAUUGUGGCCGCUCUUUGUGGCGGGUAGCGAGUGCGUCAACGAGCUCCAGCAGAACAUUGUUCGGAGUAAAUGCCGCGACAUCAUGGCCCGUUCUGGUUACAUGAACAACCUAGCGGCGCUAGAUGUGCUGGAAAGGCUCUGGGCCGGCGAAUGGGAGAAGAACGAGCCGCGGAGCCCCGCGGCGGUAAAGCUCGAGGCGAUGCGCAGAGGUCCGUUCAACUGGACUAGGUGCAUCGGCGGGCCCGGGGUUGAAGUUGAGUGGAUCAUGUUUUGA